AUGGCCCAAGAGACAGAGACAUCAAUGUUCCUUAAGGGCAAAGAAGGUAAAUUUAAAUCAGGACAGCCCAAGGAUAAAGGUAAAGGUAAAGAGGUUAGAUUUUUGGGAUAUGUUAUCAGCCGAGAGAUUAUUACAGUGGAUCCAGCUAAAGUAGAGGUCGUUCUUGAUUGGGAGCCGCUGAAGACCAUUACAGAGAUUCGUAGCUACUUAGGUCUGGCAGGCUAUUACAGAAGGUUUAUUCAAGAUUUUUUGAAGAUCGUGAUGCUGCUUUCACACCUUACUAAGAAGGGCGUACCAUUUGUUUGGGGCACGAAGUUCCAAGAAGCCUUUAAGACUUUAAAGGCUAAAUUUACCACAACGCCAGUAUUGAUUAUUCCCAACAGUGAUAAGACUUUUGUUGUCUACACUAAUGCAUCAUUAUCAGAUCUUGGAGGUGUUCUGAUACAGGCCUAG